GGGCCGGGAUCGCCCUCGGCGGAAUUCAGCGGAUCGGUGGGCCCGGUUGCCACUCGCUCUCGCGACCGGCCGCCUGUCCCGUCAGGCUCCCCGCGCGACGCCUCGCACCAUAGAGCUUCCGGAAGGAGCGGCCCAGGGGAAGGGCGCAUGCGCGCGGGCGCACCAUAGAGGGAACCGCCGCCAUGACCUCCGCCUCCACCAAGGUGGGCGAGAUCUUCUCCGCGGCCGGCGCCGCCUUCACCAAGCUGGGCGAACUGACGAUGCAGCUGCACCCGGUGGCCGACUCCUCCCCGGCCGGGGCCAAGUGGACGGACACCGAGAUCGCCCUCCUGCGGGCCUCCGUGCAGCGCUUCGGCGACGACCUGCACCGCAUCAGCACCCUCAUCAAGGACCGGACCGUGGCGCAGCUCAAGGCGGCCGCCAAGCGCAAGGCCUACGAGGACUCCGGGCUGCCGCCGCCGCCCCCCGCCGACUCCCCGAAGAAGCCCGCCGGCCGGAAGCUGCCCCCAGGCCCGGCGCCCGCCGGCCCCGCGCCGCCGCCGCCCGAGCCCAAGAAGCCCAAGGCGGACGUGACCCUGAGCGCCCUGAACGACGCGGAGGCGCCCCGGGAGCUGGUGGGCGAAGCGCCCCCGCCGGCCAAGAAGCUCAGCUUCGACCAGGACAGCCUGAACCUGGAGCCCGGAUUCCUCCUGACGCCCGGUGGCGCUGACCUGCCACUGCUCUCCCGCUGAGUCUCUGCCCUCCGGAGCCCCCCCCCCCGCAGCCCUCCCAGCUUCAGCUCCCCCCCCCGGCUUCUGCCCCCCCCUUCCCGGGCAGGGCCUGGGGCCGGUGGGUGGUGGCACCCCUCCCCCAUGUCUCCAGAGGCGCCUGUGCCUCUUCUUGUCCUGGAGCCCAAUAAAGGUUGCUGCGUCUCUGG